CGCUCGGCAGAGGGCGAUGGUGAGUCAAGCGACGCUGUUGCUGCACUGCGAGCUGCUUGAAGUCGCUGACGAAGAAGUGAAGGCAACAAUAUGGCGGGAUGCAUGAAAAUGAAGGAAGAGUUUCAUUCUGGAAAUGUUAGAACGAGAGGCGUCGUGUUUAUUGUUUUGUUUUUUAUUCAACUUUUUGAGCCCACACUCGCUACACGCAGCAUUAUCGAUAUUAAAGAUGGACAAGCGGUGAGAUCCUUUGAAGCUGAACACUUUUGCUACAUCAACCCAACCCCUGCUCCUGGAUGGAAGGAGACCUGGACAAGGAUCCAAGUCAAAGUCUGGAGCACCAAGGAGCUGAAGGUGAUGGUGGUAAAGGAUGAAGAGGAGCUGGAGGAGCUUGAACAUUUCAGUUUCUGGUCCAUGGUGCAGCACUGGAUGCACGAGAAGACUAACGAGACCACCGUGAGCAUCAGCCUUUUCAGCCAGAAGACCUGUUUCCGCGUGGAUCCUUCAGAUCACUUCGUGUCGUACACAGUCAAAUCCAGCCGAAAAUUUGACAUCUACCUGUUUGUGGUGUUCCUGGCUGGAGUCCUGCUGUUCUUCUUCGCAGAUAUACUCAGCAGGAGUCAGGUGUUCUACUACUCGGCAGGAAUGAGUACGGGCAUGAUAGCCUCCCUCAUCAUCCUCAUCUUCAUCCUGGGACGUUUUUUACCAAAGAAAAGUCCUUUCUACUUGCUGAUUGCGGGAGGCUGGUCCUUCUCUUUGUACGUGAUCCAGCUCGUGUUUAAGAACCUGCAGCUCAUCCUCAAAGAGCACUGGCACCUGGCUAUAGGCUAUGCCACAGUCGUGGGGUUCGUCAGCUUCGCGGUGUGUUACCGCCACGGGCCGCUGGUGGAGGAGCGCAGUAUUAACAUCCUGUCCUGGACACUGCAGAUAUUCGGCAUGCUGCUGAUAUACGCUGGCACUCAGGUCCAGCAGGUGGCGCUAGCAAUCAUGGUGGCUGCUUUCUGCUCGAAGAAUCUGGAGUACCCAAUAACCAUGGCAUUUAGUCUGUACAAGAAGCUGAAGCCGAAGCUGCGCUGGAAACCGGAGCCUCGACGCCUGUUGACGGAGGAGGAGUACCAAAAACAGGCUGAGGUGGAGACUCAGAAAGCUCUGGAAGAGCUGAGGAAGCAGUGCAGUAGUCCCGACUUCAGCACCUGGAAAACUGUGUCCAGACUGCAGUCUCCCAAGAGGUUUGCAGAGUUCAUCGAGGGCUCUCCACAUCUAAUGCCCAACGAAGUCUCAGUCCAUGCUCAGAAGUACGGUUUGGGCGGAUUGCUGUUCGAGGAGGAGGAGUUCUCCACAGACGAGGAAGACGAGGGAGAAGCAUGGCGGACCGAGGAGGACGAGAAACCUAACGCGUCUUCGCCCUGGAGAAACAUUGAGAGAAAGAAUUGAGAUGGGGAACUAAAACUGCAGCAGGUGCCCGAAGAGCUCCUGAGUCUGUAGCGACGUGAAUGUGAAGAUGCAAAGCCAUACAUGAAGUAGGAUCCAAGAAUGCAGCAGUGAUUGUACACCAGCUUGGAGACAUUUCAGCGCCAAACUUCUUACUGUAAGAGUUUGGUUUUGACGUUAGAGGGAUGACCAGUGGAUUUGUUUUUCCUAAAUAAGGGGUUACAGAUAACAUGAACACAUUCUGUGUUGUAAUAAACCUGAACCAUCAUUACGACUGAAGAGGAUCGGAGAUCAUUUGGCAGGUUGGUGACGUUCUCGUGUGUGUAUCACACACAUUUCCGGUGGGUUUUUUUUUUUUUUUUUAAGUUUCAUUUUGUUGGUUUUAUACCACAAUCCUGUUGCAGGUAUAUUUUUGUUGGGGUUUUUCUUUUGUCGGGGUAAAUGGUUUGAGAACUUCUUAUUUACUCCCUGGAGUGCAAUUUUUUUUUUUUUUAAAGAAUUAAAAUAAAAAUAAUUUUUUAAAAAAAGAAUUGGGUGCAUUUUUUCCAAAGUUGGUUUUGUGAACUGGAUAUUUGGUUCUGUUUGCUCUAAUAAAUAAUAAAUAAAUAAAUAAAUUUAAACUCCAAAAAAACAACAAAAAAAACAGGUUGAUCUUUUUCCAUGCACCAUGGCAGGAUGAGCACCAGGUGGCAGCAACACCAUUUAAACAUAUUGUCGUGCAUAUGUCCAUCUGUUUCCUUCCACUGUCCAAAAACAUGCAGGUUGCUGGAUUACCUCUAGGUGUGUGUGUGUAUAUAUGCACGUGGUGCCCUGAUGCCCCAUCCAGGGUAUAUUCCUGCCUAAUGUCCAGUGUUCCCAGGAUAGACUCCAUUUCCACCAUGACCCUGACCAUCACAAAGCGCUUACUAAAGAUAAAUGAAUGGAAAAAAGUUGGGUCGGUUUACACAAAGUUUGAUUGCUGGCUUUACAAAUCAUGAAUUGAAAUCCCACAUUUAUUCUUUUUUUUUUUUUUUUUUUUUUUUUUUUUUUUUUUUUUUUAAGAAUUCGAUCUCAUUUAAAUCUCAGAAAUCAUUUAAAAAGCAUUUCUUUUUAGUGCCUGGCAUCAACCAAUUCAGUAAUUUGUUAAGAGUUUUUGGGUUUUCUUUCAUCAAUAUUUAUAAUAUGAUUUAUAAAAGGAUAUAUAUAUAUUUUUUUAAAUACUUGCUUAUAAAGGUCCUGAUAAGCAGCUAACGUGAACAAAUGGCUGCAAACAAGACAAUUUGAAGUGGUUAUGCUUUGUUUCAUAGUGGUGCUACGUUACUACAUACCGCUUGACCCUGGACUUCUGAAUUUGAUGCAGCAAGAAUAAAGUAUAUACUACUGCAUCAGCUUUUUAUUCUUAUUUUUUUUAAGCUCCUUAAUCAGACUAGAGAGUAAAUAAAAUAGUAGUCUGUGAAAACUUUGUCUCUAUCCAUGUAGUUAGUCUCUGUUAUGAUGAGCUUACAAAAUACUAAAUAAUUUGCAUAAAUAGAUUUGACUGGAUGUGGCAAACAGAGGAUCUACUACAGAAGCCUUACUGGUUCGUGUUUAGAAAAUGCUGAAUUAAUGAAAAAAUUCAAAAAUCCCCCCCAAAGUGCUCAUUUUGUUCUGCUGAAAUACUACUGACUGCCAAUUCCUGACUUCACACUCUCUAAUAGCCACACAUAGCAUUUUGAGAAACUUGCUAUUAGUGGUCAGUCUUCCAAAAUAUGGGCAUUUUAGCUUGUUUCCCAUUUACGCAUUAGAUCUCACACCACAACACCCUUUAGUUCUCUCUUUGCUUUGCUUUUGUGCUUCGACACACAUCAGCGCCGUCACACAUUUAACUCCCCUAUGUGGCAAUAAAACCAGACUCCUUUUCCCCUAAGCAUGCAUCAGGUAGCAGAUUCACCCUCAGUUCCCCUUUAAACACUCCGGCUCGACCGAUCGCCUCUAACCCUUCACUUCUAUUCAAAUGGCGUGGUGACGGUGACCUUCAGAAGUCUUCAGCGGAUGUUCAGGAACCAUGAGAAAGCAGAAACCUCUCACACUGUCUCCUUUGUGUUGUUCCGUGUGACUGAGUGAAUGUCACUCAGCUUUUGCUUUCCUUCCAGCUGAGAUUCAAGCACGCAAUCAUUUCCUCAUGAACUUUGUUGGCCCCUGCGUGAUGCAAAUUUCCUAAGUUCCUGUCACUUGCUAGAUCAUGAUGCCUGGUCAGGAUUCUUCAGUAGUGCAAUAGGGCCAUUUUGCAUGUAGUUCCCUGGUAAAGAGAUGUGUGUUUGUCAUAGUAUGCAAAUCUGACAGGGAGGCAGGUACUCGUUUUUCCUCUCGGCAGGUUUUCUUUCCUGAGAGACAUGAGACCA